UAUCCAGCCCGCUGUUGAGAAACAGCUCUCCAGACCGAACGCAUUCAGAAACGCUGCUUCCUCCUCUGCUCUCAAUACAAACAUAAGUGGCAACAUCUCAGCGUGCGCUAUAGCUUAAGGAAACCCAUGAGCAAUUCACUCCAGGACCCUGAGAUGAGCGCGACGGAUAGCUGUGUGAUUUAGUGCUGACGUUUUUGUUUGUUGUUUUGCAUCAAAAAGAUCCCUAAAUCCACCAGCUAUGUCUGGGAUGGAUGGGGCGGUGGAGGAGAUAAAUGGUACAGAAGUGGACAGCGAGAGUUUCCUGAGGUUCAGCCCUAAAUCUCUUUCUACCGGGGCGGCCGCUGCCUCAUACGGACGGACUGCGAGUGUUUACAUCUAUGUCUCCAUCUUCCUCAGCUUGCUGCUCUUCCUCCUUACCCUGUUGAUCAUUGCUCUCCACAGGCUGAAGAACAUCAUAUCUUCUAGUUCUUCAUAUCCAGAAUGUGGCAGUGAGGCCGGGAGCUCCUUCACUAACAUGGAGAUCUGCAGCAUUUCCUCACAGAGAUCCAGAGUGUCAUCGCUGUCCGGACAGCAGAGAAAGACAGAUUGAUUACACAUGUCUGAACGUUCUGAAUUCUAGAAGUUUAGAAAUAUUCUAGAAAGUAAUUUGGUUAAAAAAUAAUAAUAAUUCCACAAACCUUGUGUUAACUUCAAAUAAAUAAUCUACAGAGGAUGCUGUAUUGAAAUAGACUGUAUUAAAGCAUUAUCAUAAGGCUUUGUGUGAUUUUGGAAAAAUAUUAAUGACUUGUGUAUCUCAAUCACAUUAUGUACAUAAUGAACUGUAAAUAGAAAAACUGUUUUAGUGAUCUCAGCAGUUAUGUGCUGGGUGAGAUGGAUCAUUGGUGAUGUCUUUAGCACGUAUGUUGGUUGAACAGUAACUUACCUGUACGAGAG